AUGAACGAUCUCACAGCCGUUCAUAUGCUCCACAUAGCCCUCCGCGCUGGCUAUCAUUAUCAGGAUUUUAUCCUUCAUCCCCCGACCACGUACGAGGAGGCCUUCCGAAGGGUCACAGAUUAUGCUAAUGCCGGGGAAGCCAAUGCUGUAAAACGCUCGCAGGAGGUCGGGACGUCGUCUCGUAAACCGGCCGGCCGGGCGGAUCAUCGAUCGGGUGAUGAUCAUCCCCGAUCCCGUACCAAGCCUGGUGAGUUUACAGCGCUUAACCGAUCCGCAGCGGAAGCAAUGCAAUAUGCUCAGUCCUGCAAUUUGAUUAAACUCCCCCAUCCCGGGCAAGAUGGUCCCGACAAGACCAAGCACUGUGCAUAUCAUCGUUGUGCCGGUCAUGAUACCGAGGAGUGUACCCACCUACGACAAUUGCUGGAAGACUUGCUCAGCCAUGGCAAGUUAGAUAAGUGCGUGGGCAAAAGAGAAGAGACGAAGAAGAACACCGAUCGGAGAGAUUACCGACGUUCCCAUCACCGUUCCGAUCGCUCCGAUCGCGACGAACGUUCCGAUCAGUCAGGAUCCCAAAGAAGAGAUGAUCGAAGGGAUCCCGAUCCCCCAACGAACAGUCGACCUGUGGGCAAGCCAACAAUCCACGUUAUCUUUGGCGGCUUGGAGGACGCUUCCCGACCAAGGGAAAAUUGCCCGGUCGCAGUGGUAGAUUCCCGAGAGACCGGGAAGAGACAAAAGAUAGAACCGAUAACCUUCACCCGUGAAGACCAACCUAGCAGCACGGACCACGGCAUGGAGACGCUCGUGGUCACGAUAGAUGUCAAAGGGACAGAUGUCCAGAGGGUUAUGGUGGACACUGGAAGCAGUGUCAAACUGUCAAUGUCCUCUAUUUGA